UUAGAGCUGAAUCUAUGAAAAAAAGAUAGAAAAGAAGCAUGAUUAUGCUUGUGUUUGCUGUGUUCAAUCAGGGCAGUGUUAACAUUAAAGAAGGACCAAGCAAUAUUCAGUUAAGCAGGUAUGGCAAAAUAGUAAUAUAUUAUUAGAUUAUUUAGGAUAGCAGCAAGAGCAGAAUGAAUUCCUGCUUGUAAGGGAAGGGAACUCUCCCAGUGCUGAUCGCUUUGGCUGUGUAGUGUUAUUCAUCCAGAGGGGGGCACUCAGAGCCCCCAGAAAGAAAGGAAGCAACAGCACAAGGCAGCACAUAGCAUCGACUGUCUCCAGCCUUGUGAGUUAGACAAGAAAAGCCUCUCAGCGCGGCAACAUAAUGCUUGAAAUCUAACCAGCUACAUGGAUAAAAUCACCUUGCCUUGCAUUUAAUUAGGGAGGGGAACAUUAAGCCCAGUGGGGCUGUUUCCCCUGCAAGGACUGAGGCAAAAAGAAUGAAAUGUUCAGGGACUAGGGAUGGUGAUUCAGCAGUCUGAAAGGGGAUGCUGUGUGUUGAGAGCGUCGCCGAGAAAAACUUCUUCUUCUGCGUAUUGUGGACUUUACAUUCAGAAAAAGCAGCUGGUGCUGGAGUGGCUUUGCUGAACUGGGCAAUGGCUGGUGGAGCUUAGGGACAAAAAUAGCAAAUAUUUAUUUUGCUGCGUGGAAAGAAGCUAUCCCUGCAAGUCUAAGGGGAAAUAGAAGCACUGCUGCACAAUGGUAUGAAUGACAGGCUUUGUCAUGAAGGUUUUAGCUGUACAACAAACAAAUUAAAAAAACAAGUCUAGUGAAGGCAACUGGAGAAGAGAGAAUGGGUUUCCACUUAAUUAAGCAACUAAGAGGCAUGAGUGUCGUUCUAGUUUUGCUCCCUACAGCACUACUGGUUAUGGUUGCUACUGAGCGAAUAUGCCCAAAGACCUGCAGAUGUGAUGGAAAAAUCGUCUACUGUGAGUCGCAUGCAUUAAAAGAUAUCCCUCAAAAUAUUUCUGGGGGGUCUCAAGGCUUAUCAUUGCGUUAUAACAGUAUUCAGAAACUUAGAGCACGGCAGUUUGCAGGCCAUAAUCAGCUGAUAUGGCUGUAUCUUGACCACAAUUAUAUAACAGGUGUAGAUGAGGAUGCAUUUCAAGGAAUUCGUAGGUUGAAGGAAUUAAUACUAAGCUCAAACAAAAUCUCUCAUUUGCACAACAAAACUUUUCACCCUGUUCCAAAUUUGCGCAAUUUGGACCUCUCGUACAAUAAAUUACAAAACCUACAAUCGGAGCAAUUUAAAGGUCUGCGGAAGCUUGAAAGUUUGCACCUACGAUCAAAUUCUCUGAAAACAGUGCCCAUCAAGGUUUUUCAGGACUGUCGGAACCUUGACUUUUUGGAUUUAGGAUACAAUCGUUUGCGAAGCUUGUCACGCAAUGCAUUUGCUGGUCUCAUGAAGCUAACAGAACUUCACCUUGAACACAACCAAUUUUCAAAGAUUAGCUUUGCUCACUUUCCACGGUUGUAUAAUCUUCGGUCACUGUAUUUGCAGUGGAAUAGAAUACGGUCAAUUAGUCAAGGAUUAACAUGGACUUGGACCUCUUUGCAGAAGCUGGAAUUAUCUGGUAAUGACAUCCAACAAGUAGAACCUGGAAUUUUCCAAUGCUUGCCAAAUCUGCAAACCCUAAACUUGGAUUCUAAUAAGCUUACAAACAUCUCACAGGAAACCAUAAAUGCAUGGAUCUCUCUUACAAUGAUAAGCCUGUCAGGAAAUAUUUGGGAAUGCAACAGAAGCAUUUGUCCUUUGGUUUUUUGGCUUCAGAAUUUUAAGGGAAAUAAAGAGAGUGCAAUGAUUUGUGCAGGCCCAAAACACAUUCAAGGGGAGAAGGUUCUGGAUGCUGUAGAUGUCUACAAUAUAUGUGAUGUGGUUACAGAAAAACCUCCACAGGCACCAAAAAAUCAGCAAAAGCCAGCUCCUACAAUCAAGCCCACCAUCAGCAUUCUAGAAAAUAACCAACCAGUCUUCUUGUCACCAAGUCCUUCAGCAGGUUUGCAAAAACCUGGGUCAGAGCAAGAAUUUGAGCAUGUUUCUUUCCACAAAAUUAUAGCAGGGAGUGUUGCCCUUUUCCUUUCAGUGACCAUGAUUUUGCUGGUUAUCUAUGUGUCUUGGAAGCGUUAUCCUGCUAGCAUGAAGCAACUGCAGCAGCAUUCUCUCAUGAAGAGACGCAGGAAAAAGGCCAGGGAGUCUGAAAGGCAAAUGAACUCCCCAUUACAGGAGUAUUAUGUGGACUACAAGCCUACAAAUUCUGAGACGAUGGAUGUAUUGGUUAAUGGCACUGGACCCUGCACGUACACCAUCUCUGGCUCCAGGGAAUGUGAGGUAUGAACCCUGAUCCUCCUAAAACCAUUUCAGCUGCUGGGAAGGAGAGGUAAAUGCUUGAAUCUCUUGAGGUGACUAACAGAAGGAACAUUAAUGAACACCUUUGCAGUAGGGUUCAGAAAGGUACUUAAUUGCACUAAACAAUAUUAAUUCAUAAUGAAGAUGAUAGGGAAUUACAUUCAUAGGGCUUUACCUCAAUAUACACACAUACACAUUCAUGAAAAUAAUUAUGUUCAGUGUAUAUGAAGGAGUGUGCCUGGAAAUUAAAAUGAUUUUCAUGUAAAGUACAUUGCAAAGAGUAAUAUUAAGUUAGUUGAUUACUAGAUUUACUGAAGGUCUACAAGGCUGAAAGGCUUCAAAGUGCAUUACUGAAUUAAUGCCAAGACCCACUAAUUACUUUCAGAACCAGAGUCCAAAUGACAGAGGUUAUGCCACAAUCUAAAUAUACUCUGAAAUUAAUUCAGCUGCUGUCUAUAAAAGCUGAUUAGUGUUGUGUGUCAUCUGAGGAACAGUUGUGUAGCUUUUUGUUUGAACUAUACCUUUCCAAUGGAAGUAAGGUAUUAAAAAUUACCCAGGUUUUGAGGAAGUUUAAAUAUUGUCAAAGAUAUGCCAAAGAUCUCUUGUAUGGAAGAUUGUAAAGAACUAUAUACAAUAAAUUACGUAGAUUUAUUUCAUAUUUUAAGUAAGGAAAUGAGCAUUUGCCAUCAAGCUUAUGCAACUGUAAUGACAUAUGAAGAGAAAUAAUUGCUACUACCUAAGAACCGCUCAUCAAUCUGACAGGCAGAUUUUUAGCAUUAGAUUUUAAAGGAUUCUCCACAACUUGUUCUUUAUCUCAUCAUCAUAUAUCUUACUAUAGGCGUCUGUGUUUUGCAAAUAUACAAUUUAGGAAACAGACUUAAAAACACAUUUUUUUUAAUUUUAACAAUUACUAAAUUAAGAAUUGUAACAGUUAAAGAAAGUGUAAUAUGUUUAAGGAAAAACAAGUCACAUUGUGCCUUGUGUUCUGCAUUAGGUUUGUCAAGUUUCUUAUUGUCUCUCAUAUACUGUACACUAGUAAAGCAAUUCUCUACAAAACAAUUUAUCAGUAGCAAGUUAAAGGGUCAAUAAAUCAAAUGGUAGAGUUGACCCCUUUCUGUACUGUGCAGUAAAUCAUCCAUACAAUUCCCAAAAUAUUCUGAAUGCUGAGUGAUUACUUAAUCCAUGUGAGUUGAACAAUGUCUGCAAUAAGGAACAUUUUUUCAGACAGGAGCUUAAGACAAAAAAAAAAAAAGGUAUAGAUAAGGUUGAAACCAUGGAUGCAAAUAAUAUUGUAAUAAAAACUUCAUUUUUUUAUGGCUAGUCAGUAGUGUUUAUAAAUAAGGCAUUGUAUCUUUGUUUAGCUAAACAUGUAAUAUAAAAUGUCUUGAUAUUUCACAGUCCUGCAAAGAUCGUACUUGAAUUUAUCUGUCCUCUGGGGCUUUGCUUCUGUCUAACAGCAUUGAAGCGUUCCAAUGAGCAGUGUGCCUUAGUAGCUGUUUGCACAGCAGUAAAAAUGCAUGCUGUUUUCUGAGGAGAGUUUUUUAAAAGACAUAAGCCCCAAAUGGGAAAAAAAGAAAGAAAAAAUAACAGUUAAGAUUCUGUAUUGCAUAAGAUAAUAUAAUUUGAUCCUACGAGCUCAGGGUUUGAAAUCUGUAAACAUGAUAGCAUUUCUGUCUUACUUUGUUUUUAUUUACACUGUGAUCCAUAGUAGUUACAUUAGUAAUAUGAGCAUGCUUGAAUAGCUCUUUAAAGGGGAAUGUUGGAAGUGAAAAUCUUUGGUAACAGGAUGUUUUCUUUUUUUUUUUGUACAUCCAGCAUUAAAAGCUGGACAUGUUUUAUCCCAUAUCUUGGAGUCUCUUAGGCUUUGGUUUGCAAUAUAUCCUAUUUGCAUUAUGACAGUUUUUAUUUCACAGUGUUUUGCUAUAUGUAAAGCUUAAAUAAUUCUAUUAUCGUGACAACAGCAUACAGAAUAAAUACUUAGGGAGAGUGAAGGCUCCCAUAUCUGUCAUCUGUCAACAGGACAUUGUUUGGCAAAAAGAAAAAAAAAAAAACAAGUUUUCAUUAGAAAAAAAAAAACAAAUCUGUAAAUAAAUUUUUGUAAAAUUCACAUAACUCAUAUGAAAACACAGUUUUUUUAUAGAAAUUAGGAUUGUGAAGUAAAGCUACAAUGGUAACUGCUGAUUUUAUCAUUGUGCUAUUAAGCAUUCUGUUUUUCAGAUUGUUAUGGCUUAUAAUGUAUCAUAUUUUUUUAAUAAAAUUUAAAUGCUGAUGA